UCUUGUACAAACACUACAAAGUAAAAUUUCAAGGCUCAAAAGCUACCAAGUUUAACCAUCCUUUUCUUUUCUUCUCUUCCCAAAUCCAAUUUCUUCUCUCAUGGCUGUCAAGAACAAUGUCCUAGUCUGCACGCCAUUGGAAUGUGAGACCUUGGAAGAAAUGAUGGCUUCCAUGGAAAAGGCAAAGGAAGAAGGUGCAGAUCCUGUGGAACUUUGCAUUGCGUCCAUGGCGUGCUCUCAUAUUUCUGAUGUUGACAAACUUAUUAAGCAAAGAACUCUUCCUGCUAUAGUCUCCUUCAGGCUCAAAUCAUCCCGGACCUUGAGCAAUGGAGGUUGCUAUAAUACUUGCUUGAAAGUUUUGAAAAGGGCGUUAGAGCUAGAUGUUGAAUUCGUCGAAAUGGACUAUGAGGUAGCCUCCGAUGCCAAUAUGACUGAGUACUUGUACAACCGUUCGAAUAGCAGAAUAAUCGUAUCCAGCUAUGUGAAUGGUUGGAAACCUUCAACAGAGAAGCUUGCUGAUUUAAUUGCACGUAUGCAGGCCACUGGGGCUGAUGUGAUCAAACUUGAUAUCUGUGUUGAUUAUAUCACAGAUCUAGCACCAGUUUUUACAAUUCUCACCCACUCUCAGGUGCAAUUAAUUGCUAUGGCAGCUGGCAGCAGAGAUCUGAUAAGCCAACUGUUGGGACCAAAAUUUGGUGGUUUUUUAGUAUAUGGAUCUCUUGGAGGAAAAUCAAUCCCCGGAUUGCCCUCUCUUCUCAGCCUUAGACAAGUUUACAAAAUAGAAUAUAUGAAUGCCGAUACAAAAGUUUUCGGUCUCAUUUCGAAUCCAGUUGCUCAUAGUAAAGGCCCUAUUCUUCACAAUCCCACCUUCAGAUAUACGGGAUAUAAUGGAAUUUAUGUUCCUAUGCUUGUUGAUGAUAUUAAGGAAUUCUUUGAAACCUAUACAGGCUCUGACUUUGCAGGUUUCAGUGUUGGAAUUCCACAUAAGGAAGCAGCAGUCACAUGCUGUGAUGAGGUCCAUCCGCUGGCAAAGUCCAUAGGAGCAGUAAACACUAUAGUAAGGAGGCCCAUGGAUGGGAAGCUGAUUGGUUAUAACACAGAUUGUGAAGCUUCUAUCUCUGCUAUAGAGGAUGCACUAAGAGGAAGGCAGGUUAGCAAAAAUGGAGUGCCACAUAGUGCUUCUCCUAUUGCGGGAAGAACAUUUGUAUUGAUUGGAGCAGGAGGAGCAGGAAGAGCACUAGCUUUUGGUGCCAAACUUAAGGGGGCCCGGAUUGUCAUUUUCAACCGCAAUUAUAAGAGAGCAAAAGCCCUCGCCAAAGCGGUUUCUGGGGAAGCAUUGCCAUAUGAAUUUUUAGAAAAAUUCUGCCCGGAGAAGGGCAUGAUCCUUGCAAAUGCUUCUGCUAUUGGAAUGGAACCAAAUUCACAUCAAAGCCCAGUUCCAAAGGAGGCUUUGAGAGCAUAUGAACUAGUUUUUGAUGCGGUUUACACUCCUAGAAACACACGUCUCUUGAAGGAGGCUGCAGAGGUUGGAGCCAUUGUAGUGAGUGGAGUGGAGAUGUUUGCCAGGCAGGCUCUAGGUCAAUUCAGGCUGUUCACCAGUGGCUUGGCUCCUGAAGACUUCAUGCGCAAACUUGUAAUGGAACAAUUCUAA